GCCCUGGAAAUUAAAGUAGUUUAUAUACAGCCUACGGUUAAGUGAAGCUUGUAUGACCACCGCGAAUAACGGCUAAAUACACUAGGUACAGACUCACCCCCCUAGCUGUUGUUAUAUAUAGAGACCCUGAAGAAGGUCAAAUCUUCGGUGUCCUUGCUUACACCGUUCUCUCGAGUGAGACUCUACGUAAUUCAGACCGAUAGAAGAUAAUCCAAAAUGCGAGCACUCAACACCCUCCUCACCAUCCCCUUAACAGGCGCCACCGCCCUCACCCUCCCCAACCACCACCCCCGGCAAACCGACUGCACCGACCUCUCAACCAGCACGCCAAACUGGCAAAUCAACAACGCCGCCUCAUCGGACUGGCCCGGUGGCGCCAGCGGUCGCGUCGAGCUCUUCGCACGACACCUGCCCACGCAAAUCCUAACUGACUGCGACGUCGAAUACCGGCUCGACGCGGACGGGAAGCUGGUCGACUACGACCCGACCGCGGUUGUCACAUGCACGAACUUCGGGGGCAGCACGCUAAGCACGAACGUGACGCUGGACAUGGACAUGUUGCUGCUGAAGCUGACGAGCAGCUGGACGUGCGAGGGAAGCGAGGAGAGGUACACGGCGACGGGGGAGACGACGCUGGAUCGGGAUACGUCGCCUGGCGCGUGUCGCGUCGAGCCGUCGCAGGUGGGCGAUGCGACGACGUGUCCGAUUGCUGAUGUGGUUGUUGAGGGGAAGUUGGCGGAGGCGUGAGGGGGAUUUAGGUGGUUGGGGAGUGAGAGGAAGGGUGUUCGAUGUUACGAUAUGGAUGUUCCUUAAUACAACCCCCUUUUAUAUAAACCAAAAAUAUGACAAGAUUUUAUCUUGAA